CUCCUCUGGCGCAGGCUGAUGAUGAUGCUCCAGUCCAGAGGAAGAGGCGGAGCAGAGCCCAGAAUUGCAGAGGAGGAGAGUGCUGAGUUCAAGUCCUGUUUUUGGGGGGGAUCCUCCUGCUCUUCCCUGCUGCAGGCUGCUUGUUUCAGCUGAUCGCCUAGACCUCCAUCACCAUGGGGGAAAGAAAAGGAGUCAAUAAGUACUAUCCACCUGAUUUUGAUCCUGCCAAGCAUGGCUCCCUUAAUAAGUACCGCAACAGCCAUCCAUUGCGGGAAAGAGCACGGAAACUCUCCCAGGGCAUCCUCAUCAUCAGGUUUGAGAUGCCCUAUAACAUCUGGUGUGAUGGCUGCCAGAACCACAUUGGCAUGGGUGUUCGCUACAAUGCGGAGAAGAAGAAGGUUGGCAAUUAUUACACAACUCCCAUCUACAGGUUCCGUAUGAAGUGUCAUCUUUGUCCCAACCACAUUGAAAUGCAGACAGACCCUGCCAAUUGUGACUAUGUCAUCGUCAGUGGUGCCCGGCGCAAGGAAGAGCGUUGGGAUGGGGAAGCCAAUGAGCAGAUAAUGGCCACAGCUCACGAGGAGAAGCAGAAGCUGGAGACAGAUGCCAUGUAUCGGCUGGAGCAUGGCUCCAAAGAUCAGAGCAAACUCCAGCGAGCCCUCCCCACCCUGCAGAACAUCCAGGAGGCCCAGAGUGCUUGGAAAGACGACUUUGCCCUCAACAGCCUCCUUCGCCAGAAAUUCAGGGAAGAGAAGAAGGUCCUGCAAGAAGAAGAGAAGAAGGAUCUAGCUUUGCAGAAAAAAGCAAAUCUGAACAUCCCUCUUGUACGAGAGUCUGAUGAGGAUCGACAUCUGGCAGCGCUGUUCAAAUAUCAGAGCCUUGGCUCCUAUGAAGACAAACAGAAGCAAAAGCGCAGUGAGAUUGCUGACCGCCCAUGGUUCUCACCCGGCCAGGCCUCAAACACCAAAGCUAAUGACACCAUUAAAAGACUGGCAUUCCUUGGGAAAUCUGCAGCUGGCAAGUCACCAGUAGCUAUGAACAGCCUGGGUGUUGUGCGUCGGAAAUCCAGAGACAAGGAACGGUCUUCCAUGGAGGAGGAGAGUGAUUCUUCAGACGUCACAGCCCAAGUUUGCAUACAGGACCAGGACAGUCAUGCAGAUGGAGUGCCCCUUGACUUACCUGUGGGGCCUGAGGUUGGUCCCCAAAAGGCUGAAGGAAGCCCCCCAUCCAGUUUGGCUGCUUCCUUAGUUGCAGAUUAUUCAGACUCUGCAUCUGAUCCUGAAGCUGAACUAUGAACAGAAAUAUGACUGGAACAAACGAGAGACUGUACAGUACUGUAACAGUUCAAUGCCUGCAUAGAGAGAAGCAGUAAGAGUGUGUGAGUGAGUGUCAGAGAGAGACUGAUAAUGUGUUUGUGUGCCCCUUGGGAGUUACAUUCUGCCUUUUCGUGGGGUGUAUUUAACUCAGUUCCUGAUUAUUUAAACGUGAACCCUUCCAAUAAACAAAAGCACUAUUCCCACA